AUGUCGCUUUGUUUUUCUUGGCUCUAUAAAGUUCGUUUUUCUUCGUCACUACGGAUUUUAAACGAGAGAUCUAUUUUACACAGUGAUAAAAGGAACUUUUGCAAUAUGUUAGAUGAAGUUGAACAUAAAAAGAAAGAAGAUUAUCCAAAUGAUAAAGGUGAAGUUGAAGGUGGUUCCCGUGAUAAAAGUUUAGAAGGGUACAUCAAGAGUGACAGAACUAAACAUAUACCUCCAAAAUUCUUUUCAUACACUCAAGAACUUAUAAAGAAUCAAGAAGUUAACAUCCAGUAUGUUCAAUCAAAUGAUAAUUCAUCUGAUCUCUUCAUCAAGGCACUUCCUACAUCAAUAUUUAGAACACAUUUUGAUUUUAGAGCUAUGAAUAUUAAAUUCCUAAAUGAUCAAAAGGAUUGCAAACAUAAGCUUUUGAAAAAUUUACCAAGUCAUGUUCAUGAAAAAUCAGACAUGUUCAUGGCAUAG